AUGGUCGCUCCUUCGGUCAGAUCAAAUGAUGAGACAGCCAAACCUGCAAGUCUCGGUAGCUAUGCGGCUCUUCCUUUGAUGAAUAUUGUCUUUGGCCAGCUGGUCGGCAACUUCAACGAGUACUUUAUUCCCGGGUCGGGCAUCACAGAGCAAUCAUUCAAGUCCUCGGUCAAUCAAGACAGCCUCCGCGCCUCAGGGGCCUUGCGCCUAGAGUACACUCAAGCACUCUUUUCACUUCCUAUGAGCAAGCUGGACGAGAUGUCGGUCGGAACUGUCACACAUGCGAUCACGGCACUGUCAAAUACAAUCCAGCAAAGUGUUUCCGAUCGGCUGGCCAUUCUGUUCCAGUCACUUGCCUUACUCAUUGCGGCUUACGCCAUCGCAUUCCGGUAUUCCUGGGCACUGACGCUUGUUGUCAGUUCGGCUAUUGUAUUCGUGAUCCUAGGCUUUAGCCUCACAAUGCCGUUUUUGGUCAAAGCGCAGCAGAAUGUCGACAAAGCAGAUGAAAAGCAUGCAGCCCUCGCCGCAGAAGUGUUUGGCUCUAUUCGGACGGUGUUUGCUCUGAAUGCUGAACAGCCACUCUUCAAAAAGUAUACCCGGUGGGUUGAGGAAGCACGAAAACGUGGCUUGCGCAUGUCCCUAGUCAGUGGAAUUCACCUUGCAAUGCUCUUCUUUGCUAUGUAUGUCAGCUUCUCCCUGGCCUUCUGGUUUGGGUUGAAGCUGUAUCGCGAAGGUCACAUUGCGAACAUUAAUACCGUGAUCACGGUGUUCUUUUCCGUGCUCCUUGUGGUCACUAUUUUGGGAGGUAUUGCAGGGCCAUUGAUGGCUAUCUCGAAGGCCAUCAGUGCAUCAGGUGCCUUCUUUGGUGUUAUUGACUCCAAGCAAGACGAUCCACCAGGAAUUCGAGACCCGGAGUUAUCCCAUGCGGAUAUCAUGUUUGAGAAUGUGAAGUUUGCCUAUCCCACGCGACCGGAAAUGACCGUACUCAAGGGAUUUCAUGCGACAUUUGAACGCAAUAAAACCACGGCUCUGGUCGGACCCUCCGGUUCCGGGAAGAGUACUAUUGUCGGAAUGAUUGAGCGAUGGUAUCAAAUUCAGUCCGAGGAAGCAGAGGAGACCACCUCGGGUCAUAUCCAUGUGGGGCCUCACAACAUUAACGACUUGGAUGUGAAGUGGUGGCGAUCCCAGAUCGGCCUUGUUCAGCAAGAGCCGUUUUUGUUCAAUGACACAAUAUAUAACAACGUUGCUUUUGGUUUGAUCGGAUCGCAGUGGGAGAAUGAUACAGAUGCUGUCAAGAUGGACCUCAUCACCGGAGCCUGCAAUCAAGCCUUUGCAGAUGAAUUUAUCGACCGUCUUCCCAUGGGUUACUCGACCACCGUUGGGGAAGGUGGAAUCACAUUGAGUGGCGGACAGCGCCAAAGAAUUGCCAUCGCGCGAAGCAUCGUCAGCCAACCCCAAAUUCUCAUUCUGGAUGAAGCGACCAGCUCGAUCGAUAUCAAAGGAGAAAAGAUCGUGCAAGCAGCGCUCGAUCGUGUGUCUAAAGAUCGAACUACAAUCAUGAUCGCACAUCGCUUGUCUACCGUCCGCCGCGCGGACAAAAUCAUCGUUAUGAAAGACGGCCAAAACUUUGAAGAAGGUUCUCACGAAGAGUUGAUCCUAAAAGAAGGGAUAUACCAUGGCUUGGUUCAUGCGCAACAGCUGGCGCCACUUACAGAUUUGAUGGAUGCCGAUGUGCCAAGUUCGAUGGCUUCGCAGAAAGAAGAAGUCAGGGCCCAUGAUUAUACCACCAAAGAAGGCAGCGAUCAAAAUUGCCAGGAUGAUCCGGAGCCUGAAAAGAGCUUUGGAUUUUUCCACAGUUUUGGGGUGCUUAUUUAUGAAAAUCGUAGCCAUUGGCUCUUGUAUGCACUGACAAUGAUCGGGGCUGUGGGGGCAGGUUCCGGGUUUUCCCUACAAAGUUGGUUAUUUGCCAGACUUGUACAGGUUUUCCAGUUCACUGGCCAAAAGCUCGUGGACGCUGCGAACUUCUGGGCAUUGAUGUUUUUCAUCCUCGCCCUUGCCAUGGCGACUUUCUAUUUCAUGCUAGGGUUUUCAUCGAAUUCUAUCUCGAUGUUUGUUGUGUCUAAUGCUCGGAUGGAUUAUUUCUACAACAUCUUGUCCAAACCAGUAUCAUACUACGACCGCGAGGAGAAUUCUUCAGGUAGUCUGAUUUCCAGACUCUCUACUGAUUCAAAACAGUUACAAGAGAUGUUUGGUCCCACUGGUGUCUUCCCUCUCAUCUCGGUCUUCAACAUCAUUGGAUGUGUUUCAAUCUCCUUCGCCUUUGGAUGGAAGCUGGCGGCUGUCACCUUUUUUGCCGCCAUGCCAUUUUUAUUUUUCUCUGCCUUCAUGCGCAUUCGAUAUGAGAUUAAAUUUGAGACCCUAAAUGCAGCAGUUUAUGCUGAUAGUUCCAAGUUCGCCACGGAGGCAGUCCGGGCCUUCAGGACGGUGACUGCGCUAACCAUGGAGGAUACCAUUUUGGAAAGAUAUUCGAAUCUGUUGAAAGAUCAGCGUCAGAAGGCCAUCCGGAAGGCAUGGUACGCAACGUUGGUAUUUGCGUUUUCCGACAGUGUUGAGCUAUGUGCCAUGGCGCUCGCCUUCUGGUACGGCGGCCAGCUGCUCGCCUCCCGUGAAUAUGACCCAGUUGCAUUCUUCGUCGUCUAUAUUGCCAUCAUCCAAGGCGGGCAAUCGGCCGGGCAGUUCUUCAGUUUCGGUCCAAAUAUUGCCCAGGCUAAGGCUUCUGCCAAUCGUAUAUUGGCUGCACGGCAACCUACCCAGGGACAGCUUCAGCAUAUUCCGACGGGACCACUCUCUUCCUCGGAGCAUACCCCCAGUCCCUCUGUUGAAGUUCAAAAUGUCUCUUUUCAAUAUCACACUCGCGAGGUACCGACAUUUGCUAAUCUGAAUCUCUCCAUUGAGAGCGGUCAAUUCGUAGCAUUUGUCGGACCUUCAGGCUGUGGAAAAUCCACCCUUGUCUCCCUACUCGAGCGUUUCUAUGACUGCACUCAGGGAACGAUCCUAUUUGGUGGCCGAGACAUUCGUUCCAUUGAACUUGCCUCUUACAGAAGUGCUUUGUCACUCGUCGCCCAGGAGCCAAAACUCUUCGAAGGCACCAUCCGCGAGAAUCUCCUUCUCGGUCUAGAAGCCCCCAAUAACCCGACCACGGAAGACCAAAUGAUUCAAGCAUGCAAAGACGCCGAAAUCUACGACUUCAUAGUAUCCCUACCAGAUGGCUUCCUGACUGAACUUGGCGUCAACGCCCAGGCCUCUCUGAGUGGUGGGCAAAAGCAACGUAUUUGCAUUGCGCGAGCCCUGAUCCGCAAACCGCUACUUCUGCUUCUUGACGAGGCUACAUCUAGUUUGGACUCUCACUCGGAAAGUCUUGUGCAAGGUGCGAUGGAGAGAUUAGCAAGCAAGCGAAACAUGACUAUUAUUGCGGUCGCGCACAGACUGGCAACCAUUCAGAAAGCUGAUGCGAUUUUUGUCUUUGGGGAAGGGGCGCCCGGGCAGGGAUCGACCAUUCUUGAGUCCGGAACGCAUCCUGAAUUGUUGCGCAGAAAGGGGGCUUAUUGGCAGAUGUGUCAAGCGCAAGCUCUAGACCGCUAA